GUCUAACUCUGCGGCGAUUCUGCUUCGCAACCUCCAGACACUCUGACCAUGUAUUCCCACGAUCUGGCCCUGCGAUUUGAGCCUCCCAACUCGCGCUCGGCGUCGCCCGCACUUGCAGCAACGACACGAGGCGGCAUCGUUGUCUUCUCCGGAGGAAGCGCGGCCAACAAUCUCGUGGAUGUCUUCAAUCAUGUCCGCGAAGCCAACGAUACCGCUCUGAGCUAUGUGAUACCAAUUUCCGACAAUGGAGGCUCGUCGAGCGAGAUCAUACGCGUCUUUGGCGGCCCAGGCAUUGGUGAUGUACGCUCACGACUUGUCAGAUUGAUCCCAGACGAGGGAGAUGAAGCCAAAGCGAUCAAGACCUUCUUCAACCACCGCUUGCCCAAGAGCUACGCGCCUGCGAGGGCAGAAUGGCUGGAGAUCAUCGAAGCAACACAUCCGCUUUGGCACGGCAUAUCCUCGCCGAAGAAAGAGCUCAUCCGGAGCUUUCUCAACUCAAUGAACUUGGAGAUCGUAAAGCGUCUGCGGCCGACCAGCAGAUUCGACUUUUCUGGUGCUGCAAUCGGCAACCUCUUCCUUACCGGUGCUCGUCUCUUUACUGGAAGUUUUGAAUCGGCGGUGUAUCUGGUAUCCAGUAUAUGCGGGAUCUCUGCCGCCAUUUCGAUACUGCCUGUGCUCAACACAAACUUUGCGCACCACAUUGCCGCUCGACUAGCAGAUGGCACUAUCAUCACAGGACAGAAUAACAUAAGUCAUCCGAGUGCUCCCGCAGCAUCUGUCAGUCACAUACCUGUGUCACCAACCCAGCUACUCCAAGCCGAAACCGAGGAACAGGACAAGGUCGAAGAUGCCAACAUGCCAGGCACGCAUCCCGAGCUACGGAAACCCGCGAUCGCUUUUUCCAAGGAUGAAGAAGAAGAGCUGCCUUGUCGAAUAGAUCGAUUGUUCUACAUCAAUCCUUAUGGUCAGGAAAUUACGAUUCCAGCUAACCCUCGCGUCUUGGAAGCAAUCAAGAACUCAUCCUGCGUCAUAUACAGCAUCGGCUCACUUUUCACGUCGCUGGUGCCCUCAUUGGUGUUGAAAGGUGUUGGCAACGCGAUCGCAUCGCCAUUGAUAAGGUCCAAAAUCCUGAUUCUAAACGGAACUCUCGACCGUGAGACUGGACCUUCCACCAACCCUUUCACUGCAAUGGACUUCGUCGCUGCCAUUGCCAACGCGUGUGCCGCAUCUCAAGGGCGGCCAAGUGCUCAAGCACAUGACUACUGGCAAUAUGUGACACAUGUCAUCCAUCUCGAUGGUCCUACAUCUCCGGUUGUUGACAAGACUGCCUUCAACAAAAUCGGAAUUGAAACAAUGCGUGUCUAUGGCAGAGCCGAUGAGCAAGGCAAGCGAGGCCGUUACGAUGCCAAAGCGCUGACUCAAGCACUUGAGGCUGUAAUUGGCAGGAAGGAUCCGCGCGGUGUGAGCAGACGAAAUACAGUCGUCUCAUGACGAAGGCUGGUGGGAGAGUCAUCGUACUAGUCGUACUGGACAUCGGCUACUGAACAUUGAGCCUAGUUAGGGCAGGCGCGGGCGGUCUCGAGCGGGCAGUGCGGCCGCUGCGCUCCACAGGAACAGGAAAGUGCCCCGCCAAUAGCUUUACAAAGUUAUUACGUGGGCUUCUCACCUGCAGCGGGAAA